UGUAGCAGAGAGCCUGCCCGGGGAAGGAGCUUAAGGGAACUGUAAAGAGGAGAACCAGGACCGGAUUUACUUCACCGAGGAGAGAGGUAUAGCAGAGUGGGACCAUGGCCACGCUCUCUGCCUUGUUGACGGGCUGGGUAAUCCUGCAGACCCUGUGCCUGGCUCUGGCCCAAGUGAGAGGUCCACCUGGACCUCAGGGCCAACCCGGCUCCCCAGGCCCCUCUGGCACCCCUGGAUCUGACGGCAUGGAUGGGGAGACAGGAGCUCCCGGGCUCCCUGGUGCAAUUGGACAGAAGGGAGAGCCUGGUGAGCCCGGCCCUGAUGGACUAUCAGGAGAGAAUGGCAUUGAUGGUUUGAUUGGUGCUAAGGGCGACCGUGGCCCAAUCGGAAGCCCCGGACCCAAGGGUCAACCCGGACCUGGCGGCGAGCCCGGUCCUCCUGGCCCCGGGCUGCCCGGACUGGCUGGUGCCGCCGGGUCCAUAGGCCUUCCUGGUGAGAUGGGCCUUAGUGGAUCCAAGGGAAUCCUGGGGUCCCCUGGAGCCCCCGGUCUCCCCGGACCCCCUGGGAAGCCAGGCCCCCCAGGGAAGUUCCUUGGUGCAGAGGAGGGCAGUGCAGGCUUCCAGUGUCCAACUAAUUGUCCAGCCGGCCCUAAGGGCCCACAGGGCCUCAUGGGAGUCAAGGGACACAAAGGGCGCUCAGGGAUCCUGGGAGACUCCGGCAGCAUCGGGAAACUGGGCACCAAAGGAGAGACGGGCAUCUCUGGAGAGCAGGGCAUUCCAGGACCACCGGGUCCAAUGGGCCUGAGAGGCUACCCAGGAAUGAUGGGCCCCAAAGGGGAAGCGGGCCCUCGUGGCUACAAGGGCAUCACAGGGCCCGUAGGCAUCCCAGGACCCCCGGGCGAGGAGGGACCUCAGGGACCGCCUGGAGAGUCCGGAGAUAAGGGAGUCGUGGGCGGUCGAGGAAUUCAAGGCCCGCAUGGAGCAGUCGGGAAAAAGGGAGAAAAUGGCCUGCCCGGGAUCGAUGGGAAGGACGGAACACCAGGAAUUCCUGGCAUUAAGGGAGGUCCGGGCCAGGCUGGCAGGCCAGGCCCGUCCGGAAACCAGGGAACAGCGGGAUUGCCCGGAAGCCCAGGCACAAAGGGGGGGCCUGGAGACACGGGGGAGGCAGGACCCAGGGGACAUGUCGGCAUGGCAGGCGCCCCCGGACCUCUGGGCGAGCCCGGUCUCCCGGGCGUCAUUGGCAUGGAGGGAGUCCCGGGACCCAAGGGAGACAGAGGAGAGCGGGGACCGGUAGGCGCGCAGGGAAUCGUCGGCAAGGCAGGAAACAAGGGAGAGAGGGGGCCCAUCGGAGUCCCCGGGGCCCAAGGCCUCUCCGGGACCAAAGGAGACAAGGGUUUCCAAGGGAAAGUUGGAGCAAAGGGGGACUUUGGUGACCCCGGUGUGGAGGGACUCGCCGGGGAAACAGGAGAAAAGGGUUUGUCUGGGGAACCCGGACCUAAAGGCCAGCAAGGAGUGAGGGGUGAGAUGGGUUUCAACGGACCCACAGGGGACUCCGGUAAGCCAGGGGACCAGGGGCCACUCGGCCUCCCCGGCCCCAGGGGACUGGGCGGCGAGAGAGGAGUGCCAGGCAUGCCCGGCAUUGUGGGAGCCAGCGGACGGGAUGCGUCUGACCAGCACAUCAUCGAAGUGGUGCUGAAGAUGUUGCAGGAGAGGCUGGCUGCCGUGGCGGUGAGCGCCAAGAGGGCCGUGCUCGGCGGAGCGGGUGUGAUGGGACCCCCCGGCCCGCCCGGACCCCCGGGACCGACCGGCUCUCAGGGGCCCCACGGCCACACAGGGGCCCGAGGCAUCCCCGGCAUCUUCGGCGGCCCGGGACAGAUCGGCAACACGGGACUCAAAGGAAAGAGAGGAGCGAAGGGAGAGAGAGGAGACCCAGGCAGACCUCACCCUGGUGCGCCAGGACCUCCAGGAAUACCCGGAGCGGCCGGCAUCGACGGCGUGGCCCGGGACGGCAGGCCGGGCGAGAGGGGCCCCCAGGGCGCGGCGGGCGUAGCAGGGCUCCCCGGCAGGGCGGGCCCCACAGGUCUGCUCGGGUACUGCGAGGCCGCCAUGUGCCUGGCUGCCUCGGCAUACACCUCCCCCAGACUACAGGACGCCAGCAGGAUCAAGGGCCCCGGCAACUAAAACAUGAAGAGAAGAAGAAAAAGGAGCGCUCAGCAGGUUCCUUUUUUUAAAUACCUUGGAGAACGAGGCAAGAUGUGGGCGACGGAGAGAGAGGGAAGAUUAAGAGGCGGACGACUCCACUCCAGACGAAAAAUGCAAUACACAUAAGGGCUGGUGUGGCUUGGGGGUUUGGGU